ACUCGUGACGACGUGCCGGCAAGUUGUCACCAACACAUUGAGGAAAAAUUUAUGGUUAGAACCGUAUUUCAAAAACAGAAUUAUGGCUUAUUUAUUGUCUGGAAGAGUUGCACUUGUGACAGGUGGUGGCAGUGGUAUUGGGAAAGAAGUUUGUAAACUUUUGGCUGAAAGAGGAGCAUACAUUGCUGCCACUGACAUCAACAAGAAUGCCAUCCAGGACACCAUUUCAAAUCUUCAGGGCAACAGUGGGAAAGCUUCCCACUUAGCCAUGGAGUGUGAUGUUAGCAGUGGUGACAGUGUACGCUCUUGCUUCAGUGAAGCUACAAAACAUUUCAAGCAGCCACCAACACUUCUGGCUAACUGUGCUGGCAUCACCAUGGACACUUACCUUGCGAAGAUGACUGAAGAACAGUUUGAUAAAGUCAUUCAAGUCAACUUGAAAGGCACAUUCUUGACGAACCAAGCAUUUGCUCACUGCCUGGCAGCAUCUGCAAAACAGGGCGGAGAUGCCGCACCCGGUGCAAUUGUGAACGUUAGUUCUAUCUCAGCCCACAGAGGAAACAUGGGACAAACCAACUACUCUGCCAGCAAGGCUGGAGUUGAAGGCUUCACCAGAUCAGCAGCAAAGGAGCUUGCCAAGUUUGGCAUUCGUGUGAAUUGUGUAUACCCUGGCCUCAUUGAAACUCCCAUGACUGACACCGUACCAGAACACCUCAAGGAGAUGGUUAAAUAUGCAAUAGCAUUGAAGCGUGCCGGACAGCCUCAAGAGGUUGCUGAGGUCAUUGCCUUCCUGCUCUCUGACGCGGCCAGUUACGUGACUGGUGCAUGUGUCGAAGUUACCGGAGGGCUAUAAUUCACUGAUGAUUUAUAGCCCCAUCUUCAUCUUCUACAUUCAAUACUGAGUCAUUUAUACAUUUAAUUAUUCAAAAAGAAACCAGCGUGUUUUAGCCAAGUAACUACUACUCAAACCUGACAAGUGUGUCCAGCUAGUGUCACCGUCUACGUAGUAUAUUAGGUGCCUUACUUCUACGAUGCUCACGAAGCUCCGUUUCAAAGUUCUCUAUCAUGUGAUGGCGCAAUAUUUCAAAUAUUCUCAUUAGUUUUAUAUUUCAGCCUUGUGCCAACUGUGAAUUUGAAUGACAUUAGUUAGAAAGAAAAGUUAAACUCUUUUUAGUUCGGGUUGUAUGGAGCGUUGAAAGUUGCUCGAAAGCUUUACUCGAGUUUUCAAUUGCUUAGGCACUGCACAAAAAGAAUGUUCAAUGUUGAUAGAUUGUGGAUGUAUGGGUUGUUAAUAAAUCUUGUUGCUGGAACCUUUGUGCCUCUUUAUUAGAUCUUGCAUUGGUUCAACUUCCGAAAAUUUCUUAAACUACUUAUUUGUUGGGAAUAUUUACCAAUCUGCCAAGUAAUUCCAUUCUAUGGUCUGGUAGAAAAUCAAUGUAAGGUACAAUUUUUUCUGCUGAUGACUUUUUCAUGAAUCGCCAUACCUUUAUUUAAUAUUAUGAGAUUUUGUUUUAAUAAUAAUCUGUUCGAUGUUGGAGAGAUAUUUAUUUGUAAGUGGGAUCUUUAUAUUGUUUCUUUGGACUAACCUCUAUAUUUCAGCAAAUUUUAUAGACGAAGCAUUGAACUUUUUAACCUGGUGUGGCUGCGUUACUGCAUAACCUAGUUGAGAGUGACCUUCAGCCGCAUAGUGUAGUUCAAUGAUCUGCUCAUGGCGAAUAAAUAAUUGACUUGAA